AUGGUUCAAUUUUGUACGAUGAAGCGGGAGACGUAUCGACGUUGGGCGUGUAGCACAAUGGUGCCGCUUUGGGUGGAGGAAGGCUCGGAGGACAGCGAGGAGGGGGGGCGGUCUCGACGAGCGCCGGCAGAGCACACGGCGCGGUGGCACGCGCGCCACCUGGAGCGCGUCGGCCAUCUGGACAGGCGGCGUGGCGGCGGUGUCGUGGGACGCUGGGUGCGGGCCGCCGCCGCGGGCCCCGGCCGGCCCAUCGUUCGCCUUAAACCAUGCCUCUCCGUUUGCCAGCUUGUCGAGCAACACUGCCCCUACUUCCUGCCUGCGGACCGCGCACCCGCAUACCCAACACAAUACGCCGGCGAGCCCACCUUUCUAUGCCUUGAUCCACGCAUACCGGAAACGGGUGCACAGUCAAACAAAUCCAACUAUGGAGCCGACGAAUGCUGUUACUGGUACUGCGAGAGGCGGCUCUGCUACCACUGCGAGACGCGGCUGAGCGAGGCGCCCCGGCCCGAGGCGGAACGCUGCUUGCCCGUCGAGGAGCGCACGGCCACGUGCUCGGUGCCCUACCAGGCGCCGGCCGCCGCCGCCGCGCCACCACGCCCCGCGCUCCUCCUAGCCUCUCUCGCAAUUACUAUCGCCAUGUUGAUUCGGACUCACUGGACACCAACCGUACCCCUAGUGAAUGUGCGCGAUUCGAGGUUAUAG